CACUGCAUGAGGAAAAGGCAUCCCAUGUAAUCAGAUGUCCCCAUCAUAUAGACACCCUGCCAGAGUCACAGUGCACACUGUGUGGUGAACCUGAAGACCAGCAGUAUUCAUGGUGCUCUUCUCAGCACUUCGAUGAAGACAGAUACUCCUCCCCGCCACCUAGGAACAUGAAGGGUCUAUCCGGCAGCCGCCCUCAACCCCAGAUCACCGCCGGGCACACCUGCGGCUUGCCCGAGUGCGAGCACCCGCACGACUACGGCCACCAUGGCCCCGACCCCCGGUCGCCGUCCUACCUGCUCAGCCCCACGGAGAGCUGCCCCAUGGAGCACCACCGCUGCUCCCCGCGCAGCUCCAUCCACUCCGAGUGCAUGAUGCUGCCCGUCGCCGUGGCCACCGACCACGUCUCCAGCAGCACCUUCCCCAGGAUGCACUACAGCUCCCACUUCGACGGGGCGCGGGACGACUGCGCCGCCUCGCACGCGUCCGGCGGUGGUGGGGGCGGGGGCGGGGGCGGGGGCGGGGGUGGCGGCGGAGGCGGUGGCUGCGGAGGGAAGAUGAACCGCAUCCCCGCCAACCUGCUGGACCAGUUCGAGAAGCAGCUGCCGCUCCACCGCGACGGCUUCCACACGCUGCAGUACCAGCGCACCUCCACCACCGAACAGCGCAGCGAGAGCCCCGGCCGCAUCCGCCACCUGGUCCACUCGGUCCAGAAGCUCUUCACCAAGUCCCACUCGCUCGAGGGCUCGUCCAAGACCAACGUCAACGGCCUCAAGGGGGACGGCAACAGCCACCACCACGGCCACCACCACCACGGCCACCAAAAGCACAGCAAGAGGAGCAAGAGCAAGGAGCGCAAGGCCGACGGCAAGCACCGGCCGGCCACCGGCUGGUGGAGCUCCGACGACAACCUGGACAGCGACUCCACGUACCGGACGCCCAGCGUCAUGAGCCGUCACUACGGCGACCACGUCAUCGGCCACUGCUACCCCGACUCCAUGCAGGGCCAGUUUGGGGACCUCACCCUCAAGACCUCCAAGAGCAACAACGACGUCAAGUGCUCUGCCUGCGAGGGCCUGGCCCCUGUGGCUCCCGAGGGGAAGUUCAUGAAGAGGAGCUCCUGGUCCACGCUUACCGUCAGCCAGGCCAAGGAGGCCUACCGCAAGUCCUCCUUAAACCUGGAGAAACCCAUGAUGCAUCAGGACCUGAAGCCAUCCCUGAGGCCCUGCCAUUACCUGCAGGUGCCGCAGGAUGAGUGGGGGGGUUACCCGGGGAUCAACAAAGACGAGGAGAUCCCCUGCCGGAGGAUGCGGAGCGGGAGCUACAUCCAAGCCAUGGGGAACGACGACAGCGGGGAGUCCGACACCAGCCCCAAGACCUCGCCCCAAAAGGCCAUUCGCCCAGACGCCCUCAUAAAGUCUGUCAUGCAGAGGCCCCUCAUAGACCCCCAAAGCUUGUGGCGUGUGGAAAAAAAGAAUGGAGACGUGUCAGGGUACAUUACAAAUUUUGCAGCAGACCUAAGUCAGAGCUCCCACCUGCACACUGCUAGAGACCUGCACCCCAGUGUCACCCUGGACCCGUCUGUGAACUGCAACUCCCCCAAGUUCCGGUCCCGAAACCAGAGCUACAUGCGAGCGGUCAGCACCCUCAGCCAGGCUAGCUGUGUUAGCCAGGUGAGUGAAACCGAGUUCAAUGGGCAGUUUGAAUCGGUGUGUGAGUCCGUUUUUAGCGAAGUGGAGACGCAGGCCAUGGAGGCGCUGGAUCUCCCCGGCUGUUUUCGAACCCGGAGCCACAGCUACCUCCGUGCCAUCCAGGCCGGCUACUCCCAAGACGAUGACUGCAUACCUUCCAUGACGUCCUCCACCGUCACCUCCACCAUCAGAUCUACAACAGGGAUCCAGUUUCGCCUCCCUUCACCCUGCAGUGUGGAGCAGACCACACAGCAGCCUCCAGCGAUAACAUACACGCCCAGUUAUAAGAAGACUCCUCCCCCCGUCCCGCCCCGCACCACCUCCAAGCCGCUCAUCUCCAUAACGGCCCAGAGCAGCACAGAGUCGACGCAGGACGCCUACCAGGAGGGUCGGCACCCCCAGGGGGCGCCGUGGACCCAGGACAGCCUCGGAGAGGGGCUGUACAACUCCACCGACAGCCUGGACAGCACCAAGGCGGUGACCAUCGCCAUGGAGAUGGCGGCCAGCAACCGCCACCCGUCGACGGACAGCCACAGCUCGGUGCUCACAUGCGACAAGGCCGUCCUGGUGUCCAGGGCCGAGGAGUACCUCCAGACCCCGCGCUCGUCCAUCGGCAUCCAGGUGGAGACAGCGACAGAUCCAGAGCCAGAAAACAAACGUCCCACAGAAUACCAUUCUAUAGGGAUUCAAGUGGAGGACGAGAAAAGGCUGGGCCGCUUCAAGCGCUCCAACAGCGUGACGACGGCGGUGCAGGCGGACCUGGAGCUGGAGGGCUUCCCCGUGGCCACGGAGGACAAGGGCCUGCAGUUCGGCGGCUCCUUCCAGCGCCAGCAGCACUCGGAGCCCAGCACGCCCACGCCCUACGGCGUGGUCCGCACCGUCCGCACGCAGGGCCUCUUCACCUACCGCGACGACUACCGCGCGCCCGCCGAGCCCCCCAGCCCCCAGCGCCCCGAGCCCUGGCUGGCCGACACGCCCCAGGAGGCCGCCGACACCGGCCGCGCCUCGCCCGCCCGCCGCGACGGCAGCUGGUUCAUGCAGCUGCUCCACACCGAGACCAAGAAGAUCGAGGGCUGGUGCAAGGAGAUGGAGAGGGAGGCCGAGGAGAACGACCUGGAGGAGGACAUUCUCGGUAAAAUCCGGAGCGCGGUGGGAAGUGCUCAGCUCCUCAUGUCUCAGAAAUUCCAGCAGUUUUACUGGCUGUGUCAGCAAAACCUGGAUCCCAGUGCCAUGCCCCGCCCCACAUCUCAGGACCUGGCUGGAUUCUGGGACCUGCUGCAGCUGUCCAUUGAUGAUGUCACCACGAAGUUCGACAAACUGCAGCACAUCAAGAAUAACAAGUGGAUGCCCAUCGAGAGCCCUGAGAAGAAGCCGCCACCCCCCGUACCAAAGAAGACCCUGAGGGGGAAGUCGGUGACCCGGGACAGGUCUCUGGACCUUCCGGACCGGCACCGGCAGGAGGCCCGGCAGCGGCUGAUGGCGGCCAAGCGGGCCGCCUCCUUCCGGCAGAACUCUGCGACCGAGCGCGCGGACAGCAUCGAGAUCUACAUCCCCGAGGCCCAGACCCGCCUUUGAGAACAGAGACACUGCGGCGCCCCCGCAACCCUGUCUAGUUUAAUUCCCCACCACCCUCCACCCCAACCAAACAUCCCAAAAAUUUUUUUUUUUUUUUUUUGUCAUUUCAUACAGCUAGUGCAACUUUGCGUUCACUACAGCCAUAAUGCAGACAGGAGAUGUUUAUCUACUCUCCCCUCCUCCUUCCAGUAAAAUAUACUGACUGCCCCCUCUUACCCUUAUAUAUAUAUAUUAGUAUAUAUCUACUGUAGCAGUUAGUUUUUUUCUUGCCGUGGAUUUAAAACUGGUUUUACGGGAAAGAGAUGGUUAUAAAGGGAAUCCCUGUGCUUUAGAUCUACAGUGCUACCAUUCCUGGGGUGUUAACCAAGCCAUGAUGGGGUGUGUGCGUCAAAUGCUUCAGAUUUUUCUAUCAAAGGCAAUCACAAAGUGCAACUUGAGAAAACAAAAACCCACCAGCAGCAGUGGUAUUUGGCUAACUCCUGAGAGCCGUGAGCUCGCUUCCAGGGUCUGAGGUGGAGGUCAGAAAUCAUGACUCCAUACAAGGCUUUUUUUUUGUUUGUUUGUCUGUUUGUCUGUUUUUUUAAAAUAUCACCUCCUACUUUGACUGGUUUCUCGAAUUCCCUCUUGUUUGUGAUUCUGUCGGACUCGUCCCUGGCUGUGUAAAAUCACACCGUGGCUGGAGUACUCCUUCCCAAAGGAAACGACGAAAAAAGUGCCAAUGCUUGAAAUACCUCAAUCGUGCAUGCAGUGCCAUAGCUCGCAGCUGCGAGAGAAGCAAUCGCUUCUGAAUCGAUCUCUGGUCGCCUCUGUAAGCUCUUGCUCGGAAACCGUUGGGAAAUGCGGCUUCCCCUGAUCCAAUUCCGUAGAAGAACAGGAUAACAGGUGAUGAUCUGAUCGAUGCUGUUAGAUUUGGGCUGAAAUAGACCGGAAUUGUCCCAACAUUUAAGGCUCCCGCCAUCUUGAGCGUUUAUUUCCACUGAAAGUCCUCCAUACAGUAUUCUCAGCAUAGUUUGAAGCAGAACCAUUGCUGCAAGAGCCAUACUGUGCCAACCGUUUGUUUUCUGUUGUCUUUAGUAAUCAAGCUUUUGGAAGGGGGGGGGUGGGGGUGAUUGAGUACAAAUUGUGUCUUAAAGCACCCCGAGGCAGUUACACACAGUUUUGAUAAUUCUGAUCAUUUCCAAGGGAAACACGUGCACAUUAUGGUGCUCAUCACUGGCUGAGGUUAGAAAGUGAUUUUCAUUUACUUAUUGAUUUUGGCUCUACCUUAUUGACUGGGUUUACGUGCUCUGACCAUGUACCCUACUGUAUUCAAAUAAUGGAUUUUUUCAGAAAUACAAUACAACACAUGGACAUUUCCUUUCAGAAUGUAAGAUGAUAAUAUCAUGUACAUUAUCACAUUAUAAUGUAUGCAGUGAUUCAAAAUGGUACUAUUGGAUAUCGUGAUAGCAUAUUUCAGUUCAUGACCAAUAUCAUAACACUGUCAU